AUCUGUAAACUUGUGAUAGUUUGCAUGCAGGGCAUAGGUCGUUUUCGAUUAGUGAGUCUCGCUGUUUAAAUGCCCCUCUGUGACACAGUUUACAUUUUAACGAAAAAAUGGGAGAAUAUUUGCGGCAGUUUAUCUCUUUAUUUAUUUCGGAUAAGUGUUUCAACGAAUUUUUCGUCAAGUUUAAUAUUUUAGACGCGGAUUGUCUGAAACAGACUAUCAGCAAGGCUUUAGGAACUGGCAUAAUUCUUGGCUCUACAUUAGUAAAAUUUCCACAAAUUCUAAAAAUCUGGAAUGCAAAGAGUGCCGAGGGUAUCAGUUUUCUUGGGGUUUUACUAGAGCUUAUUGCUGUAACUUCUGCUGCUUCUUACAGUUUUGCAAAAGGAUAUCCUUUUAGCUCAUGGGGUGAAUCCUGUUUUUUAAUGAUUGAAACUGCCAUUAUUGGCUUUUUAAUUCUGUUGUAUAGUAGUCGACUUCGGCAAGCCAAUGCAUUUGCCGCAUUUUACAGUAUUGCUAUCUACAUGUUAUUUAAUGGCCUCAUUCCAAUGUCAGUCUUGUGGAGUAUGCAGAUUGCAAAUGUUCCAAUUGUUGUAUGUGGGAAAAUGAUCCAAGCUGCCAAAAACUACCAAAAUGGACAUACUGGUCAGCUCUCUGCUAUUACAGUAUUCUUGCUGUUUCUGGGAGGUUUGGCAAGAAUCUUCACUUCUAUUCAAGAGACAGGUGAUCCAGUUAUAAUAUUUACCUUCAUCAUGGCUUCCUUAUCCAAUGGUAUACUUGCUGCUCAAGUCCUUUAUUACUGGAAAGCGACUUCUGAGAUUCUUAUGAAGGCUGAUAAAAAGAAGCUAUAAAGCUGGUUGCUUGCUGGAAAUUCACUGUGAUGAUAUCCUGACAAUCUCCAUUCCAUAUUUGAUGUCAGUUUACUUUUACAGAAGAUAUCUCGUGACAUUUUAUUGAUGUUUUAAUUAUUGCUCUAAAAUAAUAAAUUUCCAGUAUUCAGUUUAAAUCGAAGUAAUUGAUUAUGGUAAAUUUUUAAAAAUAAAUUAAGAAUCUUUUAUUUCAAAAUAUUUUAAUUGAAGCAUUUACAGUGUGGACUAGCUUGUGGACCAGCUAAUCAAACUGAAAAUAGUCUUAAAGUCGUAACAAGAUUAUAUUUUUGCAGUUAGUCUUAGUAAGAUUAUAUUUUUGACAAAGUGUGCAUAUUCAGUAUAAUUUAAAGAUCCGCUUGCAAAUGUAAAAUGAAAUGUAAAUUAUAUAGCAUAUUAAUGUAAAGGCAAGGCAUCGUAAGUACCAUUAUCAGUAUCUUUUGACUGAUAUAUAUAUAUAUUGUUUCAAAAGAAAAAAUAGUAAAGUUAAAUUAAAAAAUUCUCUUGCGCCAUUGCUGCAAGGAAUGAAAUUCAAAUAUAUAUAUAUAUAUAUUAUGUGAAAAGAAGUCUAUGGAUUAGUAUCCUACAAAAUUUGUAAAAUCAAACAGAAACGCUAUUCAGUUUUAUUUUUUAUCGCUAGAUUAUUGUUUUCAUAUCUGAGAUAAUGUGUUUAAUACUGUAAAUCAUGCUGCUCUAAAAGGUAUAAUCAUCUUACAACUUGUGAGAAUUAUAUAAUAGUUCUCAUGCAUCCAUAUGAAAAUAUAUGUAAAAUUAUUUGAAGUGAUAAUACAUCAUGUAAUAAAUAUCUGCUUUUUGAAAGCAGAGCUCUGACUUUUGAAGUUACAAUGUGGUCUUCAAAAUACUACUAUAACGUAAAUUUUUUUAGAAAAAAAGAGUCUGUGCCAUAUAACUGUUAUAUACUAAACACAUACCAUGCAUUCAUUUAAAGCUCGUAUGCUUGCAUUACAUUUCUAACUAAUGCAAACUAACAUCCUUAUGUAAUUAACCAGUUUUGCAUGUGGUUGCAUUACACGUGUAGCAUAUACAUAAAACAGAAAUGUGACAUUGAGUGAAAACAGGCUUAUGAAUAUGUUACUGUUGCAUCACUUAUUAAUGGUUAUGUUUUAUUAACAUUUGGUUUUGGUCUAUUAUUAAUAAAUAUCUUAUGUUUCAAUAAUAUUAUAACUUUUUCUGGGUAUAAAACAAAUAUAAGAUGCUGCAUUAAGUUUGUAUGAAAAUUGAAAUUACUUACUGUUCUUUUUAUGCAAGACUUUUAGGCCUAGUGAGAAAAGUUGUUGAAAUAUCAAGUAUUCCUAAUUAGAAUUAAUUUUAUUACUCCCCUUCCUCCUCCCUCAGAAAAAUUCUACUUAAUUCUUCUAAUUGGAUUUAUAUUUAGUUGUAUAGAAAAAUCAUAAAUCAGACAAUUUUUAUUUUUCUAUAAUUCACAGAUUUUUGCCCUCUAGUGAUCUAUCACACUUUAAGAUUCACUUAAUACUAGUAAACAUUUUAUGAAUUUAUAUGUAAUUUAAGCCAUGCAUAUUAUUAUUACAUAAAAAGUAUUUAAUAUUAUAAGUUUCAUUAGAAUCUCAACUAUGUUAAAAAAGCUGACAAUUGUGCCCGUAUUAAUGCUGCCAGAACAUUUCCGUGUGUCAUUUUUAAUACAAAUAUGCAUUUGUAAAUAAUCUGCAUUAAAUUAUACUACGUAUAAAUUACUUUAUGCUUGCUUUAAUGAACAAUAUGCUAGUUUCAUAAUUUCUUUGUUUGAAUUAUAAGUAAUUAAUUAUUUUGUGCAGCUAUAGUACAUUUUUAUGACUGAUGACAUUUUUCUUUAGAUUAAAAAUUAUGCUACUUAAGUUAGGCUUAAAAUUGGGUACAUUUCAUUCUGUUUAACUGUAUAUGUUGCUCAUUCUAUUAAGGUUGGUAAUAAUUUAUAGAAUGUAAAAUGUUAUUUAAUAUUUUAAAUCUCUAAUAAAUACAUAAGUUUUAUUUGACAUUUUAAUCUUUUUUGAUGGCAUUAAAUAUUUGUAUGACUGUAAGUGUAAAAAUGUUUAUGAAUACUUUUCUAGUUUGUAGCUGGAGAAUUUUGUAUGUGAAUUCAUUGGAAUAAAGUAUGGUUUUAUACAG